UUUAUAGUUUAUUUAAAAAAUAUAUAUUUAUAAUUAUAGCUGAAGAAAUGUAUAACUUUCUGAUUCUUAUCAACCUAACUCUAGUGUGCUUCUUGGCUAUAGCCACCAGUCAGAAUUUGAACACAAGAACAAACCCAUUUCUUAGGCCUAAUGACAAAUUUCCUCAAAGAACGGGAACUCAUCAACACCCUGCCCCUGCAAGAAAUCAACUACAACAACCUCAAACCGACCCCAAGACUCUAACUCAAGAAGGUAAACAUGGCUAUGGCGGAUAUGGAGGAUAUGGUGGUGGUUAUGGGGGUUAUGGCGGUUACAGACCUUAUUAUCCAGGCUCCUAUGGAGGUCAUUACAAUUAUUACAGACCUUAUUACGGAGGUUAUGGUGGCUAUGGAGGUGGUUAUGGGGGCUAUGGAGGUGGUUACGGGGGAUAUGGAGGUGGUUAUGGUGGCUAUGGAGGUGGAAGUUAUGGUGGCCAUGGCAAUUAUGGUGGGCAAGGCAACUAUGGUGGGCAAGGCUAUGGUGGGCAAGGCUAUGGUGGGCAAGGCAGUUAUGGUGGACAUGGCAACUAUGGUGGGCAAGGCAGCUAUGGUGGGCAAGGCAGUUAUGGUGGGCAAGGCAGCUAUGGUGGACAUGGAAACUAUGGUGGGCAAGGCAGCUAUGGUGGACAUGGCAACUAUGGUGGGCCGGGCAGCUAUGGUGGGCCGGGCAGCUAUGGUGGGCCGGGCAGCUAUGGUGGGCCGGGCAGCUAUGGUGGGCAAGGCAGCUAUCGACCCGGAAGCUAUGGUGGUCAGGGCAGCUACAAUCCUCAUCGUGGCGGCUCUUAUGGCGGUGGUUUUGGUAGUCAUAGUCGUUCUAUCGGCGCAGCUAAUCCAAUAGCGGUUCCUCUUCAUUCGGCAGAAAAACACGACUCGUAG